UUGAUAAAAGGGUCAAAACCCGAAAUUCAGCCUCUUACCGGUUCCGACGCCCUACCCCCUCUCGUAGCCCUCGUAUAGCCCACUCUCUCCAGAUCUCGCUCGUCUCCCCUGGUCCCGCCUCGCCGUCGGUAACGAUGAACCGCCACCGCCGUGGCAUCUUCGACGGCCUCCCGAUUCCGGCCGACAAAUCUUACCUGAAGGAAGGGCUGUCGCGGAUCGACGAGGGAUGGGCCGCGGCGCGGUUCGACUCGCUGCCGCACGUCGUGCACAUCCUCACCUCGAAGGACCGCGAUGGCGAGAUCCAGUUCCUCAAGGAGCAGAGCGACCUCAUCGAGGACGUCGUUGACGAGGUCGUCCACGCGUACCACCAUGGUUUCAACAAGGCCAUCCAGAACUACUCCCAGAUCCUGCGGCUGUUCAGCGAGUCCGCCGAGAGCAUCACCGGCCUCAAGGGGGAGAUGUCAGAGGCCAAAAAGCUGCUUGGGAGGAAGAAUCAGCACCUUGGGCAGCUAUGGUACAGGUCCCUCACGCUGCGCCACGUGAUCUCCCUGCUGGAUCAGGUUGAGGAUGUUGCCAAGGUUCCUGCUCGGAUUGAAAACUUGAUGGCAGAGAAGCAGCUAUACGCCGCAGUGCAGUUGCAUGUUCAGUCAAUGCUGAUGCUAGAGCGGGAAGGCCUUCAAGCGGUAGGUGCUCUUCAAGAUGUUCGAUCUGAUCUAACAAAGCUGCGUGGUGCACUGUUCUACAAAAUUUUGGAAGAGCUGCAUUGCCACCUAUACAACAAUGGUGAAUAUAGCUUGGUGACUUUAAGCAUGGUUGACAGUGAGGACAUACCAACUUCUGGAGCCACUGGUCGCUUAGUAAACAGCAUGCAGCCUCUGUCCAGGAGAACAAUGUCUAUUAAAGGUGAAAAUCACUUUAGUGGACCAGCUACUGCAGAUGGGAUAACAAAAACUAGUUCUGUUGGAUGUUCUUCAUUUGAUGGCCCAGAUGAUGAUAGUAGCUUAGGUGGUGGGUGUGGUCGGAAGGAUUCCAAAAGUUUCUCUUGUGAAAUUCCGAUUUUCCUUUCUUGCGCUACACCAGACGAGUUCCUUGAAUCAAUGAGAAAGGCAGAUGCUCCCCUCAAUGUGAAAUACUUAAGAACAUUGGUGCAAUGCUUAUCCAUGCUUCAAAAGGUUGCAGCUGCUGGAGCUGUGAUAUGCCAAAGAGUUCGCCCGACAAUUCAUGAUGUUAUCACUUCAAAGAUUAAAUCAUAUGCUAGAGAGGCUUCAAAGUCCAAUAUAGAUAAAGUUGCAAAAAGAACGGCAUCGGAUGUGUCACAUUCACAUGGAGCUGUCACCCGUUACCAACUACCUAAACAGAAAAAGAAGAAUGAGGCAUCGACAUUGGCAACACAACUUGUUGCUAGUCCCAUCUCUCCAGUUAUGGCACCCACAGGAGAUGCUCAGCAUGCAGCUAGUCAGCUUCUUGGUUCAAUAUUUGAGUGUCUAGUAGGCAUACUUGAGAACCAUAUUACUGUUGGAGAGCUUCUUGAACAAAAAUCAUCAACUGACGUUGACAGUGUAAACACACCUCAUGUGGCAAAUGGGGACACAAGCUGGAAUCCAGAUUCUGAAUACUCCCAACCUACUGGUGGUUUUAGUGUUGCAUUCUCUCUGUCAGUUGUUCAGAGCGAGUGCCAGCAACUUCUGUGUGAAAUUUUGCGGGCAACUCCAGAAGCUGCUACUGCAGAUGCAGCUGUUCAGACAGCUAGGCUUGCAAAUAAGGACCCAGUGAAGGAAAAGAGGGAUGGAUCAGAAGGCCUUUCUUUUGCUUUUCGCGUUACAGAUGCAGCAAUCUCUGUGCAAAAUGAAGGUCAAGGAUGGAGAAGAAACCCAGCUGUACCCCAAGAAGGGUAUGGAACAGCAAGCAUCAUACCUGAUCAAGGGAUUUUCCUAGCUGCAUCAGUUUACCGUCCUGUCUUUGAGUUUAUGAAUAAAAUAGGAUUGAUGCUUCCUCGAAAGUAUUCACAACUUGGGAAUGAUGGCUUAUUGGCUUUUGUGAACAACUUCUUGAAGGAGCACUUCUUGCCAGCAAUAUUUGUAGACUAUAGAAAAUGUGUUCAGCAGGCUAUAUCUAGUCCAGCAGCAUUUAGACCACGUGUAAAUGCAACCUCAGUAUAUAGCUCACUAGUGGAGAAUGGCCGCCCUGUACUACAAGGGCUUCUGGCUGUUGAUAUAAUUGCCAAAGAGGUUCUUGGUUGGGUUCAAUUGAUGCCGAUCUAUGCUGCUGAGCUUGUUGAGUAUGUUCGCACCUUUCUGGAACGUACACACGAAAGAUGCCGGGCAUCAUAUAUGGAGGCUGUUCUUGAGAAACAAAGUUAUAUUCUCCUCUCACGGAGUGAUGUUGAAAGUUUAAUGCGCCUGGACCCUGCAAAUGCUUCUUUGCAAAAGUCUUUCGGUCAACUUGAUAACGACAUUCCAGAUGCAGGAAUUGAAGUGGAGAUUGAACUAAGUGACCUCCUAUUGGAUAUGUGCCCGAUAAAACAGGAAAACUUGAUCCAUGAUGACCAGAAAUUGAUAUUGCUGGCAUCUCUUAGCGACUCCUUAGAAUAUUUAGCAGAUUCAGUUGAAAGGCUUGGUGAGUCAUUUAUAAGUCCAUCCACCAUCUCAGAAAACAAAAGUGACAUACACCAAAGUCACCGUACUCGCACAACUAGUGCAAUUCCGAAAAGCCUUGCGUCUCUUGCUAAUGAGUACAGAAGGCUAGCAACCGAUUGUGUUAGAGUCUUGAGAUUGGAAAUGCAGUUGGAGACAAUAUAUCACAUGCAGGAAAUGACAAAAAGAGAAUAUGUAGAAGAUCAAGACGCUGAAGAUCCUGAUGACUUCAUCAUCUCUCUUACAACUCAGAUUGCACGUAGGGAUGAAGAAAUGGCUCCUUACAUCGCAGAAUCGAAAAGGAACUAUGUAUUUGGUGGGAUUUCUAGUGUUGCUGCUAAUGCAUCAAUAAAGGCACUCGCACUAAUGAAGUCCAUCAACCUGUUGGGAGUUCAACAAAUAUGCAGAAACUCGAUAGCACUAGAACAGGCACUUGCAGCCAUACCUUCCAUUGAUAGUGAGGCAGUCCAACAGAGAUUAGAUCGUGUUCGGACAUUCUAUGAGCUACUAAACCUGCCUUUCGAGGUACACUAAUAAUAAUACCACAUAUCCAUAGUCGUGUUUUUUUUUCCUUUUUUGCGAAUAUAGUCGUGUUUUUCUUUGAAGCUUUAAUCACCCUAUUCCUCAAUGUGCAGUCUUUGCUUGGGUUCAUUGCUGAACAGGAAUAUUUUUUUUCUGCAAAAGAAUACUUGAGCAUACUAAAGGUCAAUGUACCUGGUAGAGAGAUACCAAUGGAUGCUGAACGACGUAUCUCACAGAUUUUGAGUCAUUAAAUUGAAUUGGGCAAGAUGAUUUUAGCUGUAAGUGGUGGCAGAUGUCUCACUGUAUCUUUCUCGGCUUUCUCUGUAGCUGUAGUUAAUUUUGUUAUUUCUGUUUGGUUUUUUUCUUUUGAUGUCUACAGUGUAGGUAAUGUGUUAUUUGUUGUCUCAUUCACUGUAAAUUUGUAGUGCUUUGACUGGAACGCUCAUUCUUGAUUGUUGUAAAUGUGUAAUCUUUUGGACGUAAUUUUAAUAAAAUUCUCAGAUUCAUGUGUUCCGUUA